CAUGGUGGGUGAAAGGAGGAAUGGAAAUGUGCUGGUGCAUGUUGGACCCAAGUUACAGGCCUAUCCUGAGGAGCUAAUCCGGCAGCGUCGGGGCCAUGAUGGACGCACUGAAUACCUGAUUCGUUGGACCAUCCUGAGCUUGGAUGAUAGUACAGGGAACAGCACAAAUGCUGUUUCUGAGAACAAAACAGAGAAUAUUCUGAUGUGGAUGUCAGCUGAAGAAGUUUAUGCCAACUGUCCCACACUACUGGGCAAAAGGAAACCAGAAGGGCAGCGGGUGAAAGAGGAGAAGGCGCCUAGCACGUACCCAUCUGAUGUGACGCUGGAUGAGGCCUCUCUUUUGGAAAUGAAGGCUGAUGUCAGGAACUUGGUGCAGCGGGCUGCUCGGCAGAUGGCACGUACAACAGGCCCAGAGUCCUCCAUCCUGAAUACUAUCCAUGUACUCAGUGCCUAUGCCAGUAUUGGCUCACUGACAGGUGUCUUUAAGGAGACAGGCGCCCUGGAUCUGUUGAUGAAGAUGCUGUGUAAUGAAGAGAAGCAGAUCCGUCGCAGUGCUGGCAAGAUGCUGAGGGCUCUGGCUUCACACGAUGCAGGAAGCCGAGCUUACGUUCUCUUGUCCCUGAGCCAGCAGGAUGGCAUCGAACAGCAUAUGGAUUUUGAUAGUCGUUAUACUCUUCUGGAACUAUUUGCAGAGACUACAUCCUCUGAAGAGCACUGCAUGUCCUUUGAAGGGAUUCAUCUUCCUCAGAUUCCAGGAAAGCUACUGUUUUCCCUGGUGAAACGCUACCUGUGUGUCACCUCCCUCAUGGACAAGCUCAACAGCACCACAGAACUGGGAGGGGAGCGCCAAGACUGUGCAGCCCCCAGUGCAAACUUUGGGGAAAAGAGCCGUGUGCAACGGGAGUUUGAUUUCAGCAUGGCCAUGGCUAACCUCAUCUCUGAGCUUGUGCGCGUGAUGGGCUGGGACCACAGUCAAGAGAGGGAGCUUCUGUCCCUUAGGGAGAUUCAGCCUCGAGUUGUUCGUUCCAUCUUUCAGCCAAAGGGUCCCACUUGUACCGCUGUUCAGGUACCUCUGGUAACUCCGAAGCCUUCACCACGGAAAAAAACAGGGAAUGUGUUCUUGACUUUGUCAGAUUUCUCCAACCGCAGCAACUAUGUAGAAUAUGUGCAGGAGAAUAUGAAACCAGGGAUGACUGUGCGCAUGCUGGAAGACUACGAAGAGAUCAAUGCUGGAGACGAGGGAGAGUUUCGCCAGAGCAAUAGUGGGAUGCCUCCUGUGCAGGUAUUAUGGCACUCUACAGGACACACCUACUGGGUACACUGGCACAUGAUAGAGAUUACUGGUUUUGGGGAGCAGCCAGAAGAGGAGGCUGCCCAGGAUAAGGUGUCCAGUCUAGCAGAGAACCUGAAACUACCUGCAGUUACUCGGACAUUCUACUGUAAGCCACUUGGGGGUCUUUAUUCUCUGCCAUACUUGACGGAUGAGAUGAGUGAACAUUCUGGGACCCUCAGCCGGGCUGAAUGGUGGGAGCUGCUAUUCUUCAUUAAGAAGCUAGAACAGCAGGAACAGCAGGAAGUCGUUCACUUCAUCCAGAAGAACCGCAAAGAGCAGCUGUCAGAACUAGACGAAGAAGGCCUGAUCCAGCUGUCUGUGUCAGUAGAGCUGACUCAGAAAGUGCUGCAGCUGCUGAGUAAGCUGUGCCAGGGCUGCACCCGAAGUGACCUGCAGAGCUCCCACAUCUAUCUCAAGUAUUCUUUCAGCAAGGGAAGGGCAGAGCAGAACUGCCAAAAUGGGGACGUGACCCUUCCAGAGUGUGGUAGCCUUUCUGAAGCCAUGGCAUCCAAAAAGCCAAAGAAAGAGCUAUUCUCUGCUGAAUCGCCUUCUGCAGCACCAUCCACAACAGAGAAAACUGACACACAGCUGAUUAAUGAGCUCCUCAAAGUAGAAGGACUUGCCUUCCCAGACACACUGGAGGAGAAGGUCAAAGUCUUCUGCAGUACAAAAUUGACGGGGAAGAGGAGCUCCUUGGAAAAAAUAGCAGACAUUGGGGAUAUCAUCCAGAAAUCCAGCUCUGAAGUUGUGCUGCAGAUGGCUGGUCUCGGGUUCAUCACUAAGCUCUUGGAGGAGGAACCUGGUCAAGCAAGACAGGUCAUCAAAGCAGAUGGUGGACUUACCGUCAGGGAGAAAAUGGUGAAAAUGCUGGUGGAACUGCUCAGCAACCAGUUGAAGGAGAAGCUGCUGGUGGUGAUGGCGUUGCGAUUGCUUUACGUGCUUGUGGCAAAGUACGACUGGCGGGUUCUCUUCGCUACAGAAGGUGGGGUGCGUGCUGUGCUGGGCUGUAUGCAGGAGUACCCCACAUCAGCAUUGGUGCAGCAGGCUGGCCUGGCAGCAUUGAAGGUGUUGGUGGGUGCUGGGAAUUGUGAGCUACUGGGUACCAGUGGGAAGUCCUACCCUCUGAACCAUUCUGAUGCUCAGAUGAUGCGAGAGAUCUUUGCCAGCAUCGGCUCUGCUACCAGCAAAGACUCUGACAACCUGCUUUGUGCCAUCCCUGCUGCUAUUCAGAAGAUGUUGGGCACACCUGGGGCUUCUUCCGCAGUGCAGAACGGGCUCUUGGUCCUGAACAUGCUGAUCAGCAAUCACAAGGAUCUGGCACAGCAGCUGGUGAACUGUGACCUCCACUCAGUCCUGCAGAACUGCUGCCACUCCGGCCAGAGCUCCAACGAGAUGCUGGCGCGAAUCGUCCUCAACCGCCUGGCCGAGCACAAGCUGCCCCUGAGCCAGGAGAAUGCAGAUCCCGAGGCUACCUUUGAGCUCAAGGACAUGGAUGUGCCAGCACUGCUAAGCAGCCUCCGUGACACCAGCUUUUCGAAGGAGGUGGUGCUGGCACUGGAGCGCUGCCUUUGUGAUGAGGGCGUUGGCACUGAGGGAGAUGGUUCUGAGCUUUUGCCAGACCGUGAACACUUCUUGCUGUUGCUGAAAACCCUGGAACAGCUGGGAGCGGAGAAGUCUGUACAGCUGGGGGUGUUGAGGAUUUUGAAUAAGUUUUUGGACAGUUCCAAAGAAGACGUGUUGCCCUGGCAUGAGUGCAUUAAGCCCUGUCUGUCUUCUAUGAGUGUCCACAGCAAUGAGCGGGAGGUUGUGCAGGAAUUUAUCCGUUUCCUGCAUCGUCUGGCCACCACCAACAAAGACUGUGCAGUCGUGAUGUGUCGUGUCGGCACAAAGGAAGCACUGACGAAGGCUAUGGACAAGCACAACUCCAAUCUCUUGCUGGUGACAGAGCUGCGUGACCUCGUGACAGACUGUGAGAAAUACGCCAGCCUUUAUAAGAAGAUGACGACCAGCAUCCUGGCUGGUUGCAUCCAGAUGGUCCUCGGUCAGAUAGAGGAACACAGGCGUAGUCACCAGCCUAUCAACAUCCCCUUUUUUGAUGUGUUCUUGCGCAAUCUUUGCCAGGGGUCCAAUGUGGAAGUGAAGGAAGACAAAUGUUGGGAGAGAAUGGAAGUCUCCUCCAACCCCCAUCGGGCCAGCAAGUUAACAGACAGGAAUUCAAAAACAUACUGGGAGUCAAAUGGCAGCACUGGAUCCCACUACAUUAAUGUCUAUAUGCAUCGGGGAGUGGUAGUCAGGCAGAUGACUUUGCUAGUGGCCAGUGAGGAUUCCAGCUAUAUGCCAGCUCGGAUUGUGGUCAUGGGAGGGGAGAAUGCAUCCAGCAUCACUACUGAGCUCAAUACUGUAAAUGUCCUACCUUCAGCCAGCAAGGUGGUUCUUCUGGAGAACAUGAUCCGCUUCUGGCCUAUCAUACAGAUUAAAAUCAAGCGUUGUCAGCAGGGAGGGAUUGACACACGUGUGCGUGGCAUCGAGGUGCUGGGCCCCAAGCCCACCUUCUGGCCGAUCUUCAAGGAGCAGCUGUGCCGGCGCACCUUCCUCUUCUACACCACCAAGGCCCACACCUGGUGCCAGGAAAUCUCUGAAGACCGGAGGCAGCUGCUGCAGCUCUUCAACAGGCUGAACAGUGCUCUGCGCCACGAACAGGACUUUGCCGACCGCUUCCUUCCCGACGACGAGGCUGCUCAGGCCCUGGGCAAGACCUGCUGGGAUGCUCUCGUCACCCCCCUGGUGCAGAGUAUCACCUCUCCAGACCCCAGUGGCGUCAGCCCCCUGUCGUGGCUUCUGAGCCAAUACCUAGAGAACCUGAAGGCAGCGGCAAGGGCCAGGAAGCGAGCGGCCGCUUUCAACUCUCGCGUGCGGCGACUGAGCCACCUGCUGGUGCACGUGGACUCCAGCAGCCCCGAGCCCGAGGAGCUGAAGGCCCCUGUGAAGUCCAACGGGAAGGACGGGAAGAGCAAGGAGUCGGGUUCCGGGGCUGCCAAGCCGGGGGAGAUCUGGAGACCUUUGUCCCCUGCCCCGGCUGGAGACCUUUGUCCCCUGCCCCGACUGGAGACCUUUGUCCCCUGCCCCCUUUGCAGACGGGAAGGACGGGAAGAGCAAGGAGUCGAGUUCCGGGGCUGCCAAGCCGGUGGAGAAGAAGCCCAGCAGCACGGCCGGCAUCACGCGCAGAUGCUGAAGAACCUGAGUGAGCUGGAGGAGGAGCAGCAGCAGUUCCACCUCUUCCAGCUGCAGCAGCUGGACAAACAUCUGCUGGAAGUGGAUCAGGAUGGGAAAUACGAGGAGGAGGAAGAGGAGGAGGAGGGCGAGGUCAUGGAGGAGGAGCCGAACGGUCAGGAGGAGGAGCCGGAGGUGAAAGUGCUGGCUUUGUCUCCCCGCUGCUGGACCAUCUCCCCGCUCUGCUACCUGGAGGAGCCGGCCAGAUUCUUCCCCCCAUCCCUCAGUCAGCACUUGGCCAGGUUUGCUGACUUCUAUACCCAGAGUCAGAGCCGUUUUGGGCUGGAGCACACGAAGCCACGGCGUUUACAGUGGACGUGGCUGGGUAAUGCUGAGCUGCAGUACCAGGGCUGCAUCCUGCACGUGUCCACCCUGCAGAUGUACAUCCUUCUGUGCUUCAACAGUGCUGAGGAAGUUUCUGUGGAGGCACUGUUACAAGCUACUAAUCUCUCCCCUGUCCUCCUUGGACAUGCACUGAAACCUCUGACCAAGGAGAAUGGUAUCUUGUCCCAGAAUCAGAGUGUCUUGAGGCUGAAUGAGAGAACAUUGGCUCAGACAUCUGGCCAGCGCCUAUGGCUGUUGCCCAAACAGACAUACUUGAAUGUAGGGGAAAACGAGGGCAGUGCCCUUGAGAAGAAGAGGAACAUCAUCUGCUGCCUCCUUAUCCAGAUCCUGAAAGAGGAAAAGGAGAUACACAUUGACAAUCUGGUGUUCAGGGUGAUCGAUGCCUGCCAGAAAUGGGAGUCCGGCUCAGCUCUGAAAUUCUUGAGCUUUUGCUGCAGCAGCACUGAUGUCCUGUCCUGUAUCCUUCAUCUGCUAAGUCAGGGCUACAUGCGGCGCCAGGAAGACAGUCCUCAGCUCCUCGAGUAUGUUUCUGCAGAGCCUUCCACACCUCACCGGGGCCAGGCUCAGCUCAUUUUUCAGAAUGCUGAUUGCCAGAACAGGAAAACUGCUUCUGGGACAGAUGCAAACAACAAGUUCUCUCCUUUCAGAUUAGAUACCUUCAGCCUUGGCACAGAAGAGGUUCUGAUGGAGACGAUGCUGCUGCCCAGAGGACGCACAAUGAGCCAAGAAGAGGUUGAGAUGCUGAUGACUCAGACUGUACAGAGGGUCUCAGAUACGCUAAGUGUGUCUGCAGACAUAGCCCAGCACCUGCUUAUACACUGUAAAUGGAAUGUAGAUGUGCUCAUUCAGCGCUAUACGGAGGACCCAGAGCAACUGCUGUAUUCCUCAGGUCUGCAAGUGCGAAAUCCCCAGCCACCUUUGGACCCUGUUACCCACUGUCCAGUAUGUGUGAAUCAGCUGACCCCAGAAGACAAUUCACCUGUUCUCUGCUGCAUGCACUAUUGCUGUAAGGCUUGCUGGAAUGAAUACUUAGCAACUCGGAUUGAACAAAACCUGAUUCUGAACUGCACAUGUCCCAUCUCUGACUGCCCGGCACAACCCACUACUGAGUUCAUCCGCUCCAUCAUUUCGUCCAAAGAGGUCAUUGCCAAGUAUGAGAAAGCUCUCUUAAGAGGUUAUGUUGAGUGCUGUUCGAAUCUGACCUGGUGCACCAACCCUCAGGGCUGUGAUCAGAUCCUCUGCAAGGAAGGCCUUGGUUGUGGAGAAGCCUGCUCAAAGUGCUCAUGGAUCUCCUGCUUCAACUGCAAUUUUCCAGAAGCACACUACCCUGCCAGCUGUAGCCACAUGUCCCAGUGGAUGGAUGAUGGUGGAUAUUAUGAAGGGAUGACUGUGGAAGCUCAAAGCAAGCACCUGGCCAAACUCAUCUCCAAGCGCUGCCCAAGCUGCCAAUCUCAAAUAGAGAAGAACGAGGGAUGUCUUCACAUGACUUGUGCCAAAUGUAACCAUGGAUUUUGUUGGCGUUGCCUGAAACCUUGGAAGCCAACCCACAAGGAUUAUUACAACUGUUCUGCUAUGGUGAGCAAAGCAGCUCGACAGGAGAAGCGUUUCCAGGACUACAAUGAAAGGUGCACUUUCCAUCAUCAAGCAAGGGAAUUUGCCAUGAACCUGCGAAAUAGAGUUUCCACUAUCAGUGAUGUGCCACAGAUUCGGACCUUGACAUUUGUUGUUGACGCCUGCAAAAUGCUGGAACAGGCACGGAAAGUGCUGGCUUAUUCCUGUGUGUACAGCUACUAUAACCAAGACACUGAAAAAAUGGAUAUCAUGGAACAGCAGUCAGAGAAUUUAGAGCUGCACACCAAUGCUCUACAAAUUCUUUUGGAGGAGACAUUGCUGCAGUGCCAAGAUGUUGCUUCUUCCAUUCGACUGCUGAAAGCAGAGCAUUUUAAUGCUGGUCUUGAGCUGGUACGGAGGAUCCAGGAACGGCUUCUUGCAAUUCUGCAGCAUGCCACUCAGGACUUCCGCAUGGGUUUCCAAACCCGGCAAAGCUCUGAACAGAGAGAGAUGAAGUUAUCCAAUGUGCCUAAUGCUACUCCUGCUUAUAAAGAGUUGACUUUUGACGAGGGAUCUGAUUCACCUGACACAGAUGAUGGUGGCAAAGAGGAAGAAGAUGAGGAUGAGGAUGAUGAAGAGUAUGUCCCUGAAUGGCAGGAGUAUGAUGAUGAAGAUCUUGAUGAUGACAACAUUUCCUAUGAUGAUGAAUCAGAGAAUCUGGAGAGGGAUUCUUUCUUUUUUGAAGAUGAGGAUGAAGCUUAUUAGACUUGCUCUUCAGGCAGCCCAAAGUGAAAUCUCACCUGUCAUCACUCAGGAUGGCUUUGUCCUUGAUGCACCCUGCUUCUCUCAUUGUCAUCAACAGCAGAGAGAGGACUACUAAGUUUCAGUCAAGCAAGCGAGAGUUCAUUAGCUGUUCACAUGGUAGUUUACCACAAAAGGAUGCUUUCAUCUUUUGAGUUGGCUGCCAUGUGACUUUUGGGGAGAAAAUUACAAGAUUGCUGUCCCUGGUUACAUAUGAAUGUCAUCCGUUCUUGGCAAAAAAUAAAGUUACUGUUUCCUGUGAGCUUUCUUGGGGAAUAAAAUCAGGUACCAGUCUGGAAACAGGUCCAACUAUUGCCUCUCCUCUACCUUGAGAGAUCAAGGAAGCACCACAGGUCAUCAGUGUUUGUGAAAAGUUGUUAGGUUGUGCACCACUCUUGCCUGUAUCUCCUGUUCCUUCUAAUGCCCAUUUGCUACUGUCCUGCAGGAAAUCCAGUCUUGGCAGAAAGUACUUGACUUUAUAAUCAAGCCUGACAAUGGCUAAAAUGCCAAGAAAAAGCAGGGACAUGGGCUUAUAAAUACCAGCAGUGAUGUUUCGUGUGGUAAAUAUAUGGAUGUACUAAUGCACAUGCACACACACAAACGACAUAUGUGUACACAGUUUCUUAGGGGGUGUCACCCUGCUCAAGUGAUUCUCAUUUCUGUUCUAGCACAAUUCUAGAAACUAUGAAUGAGAAUUUUCAGUUGGUUGCAGCGUGAAGUAUACAGAGAAGAAAGAUCACCUAACUGGAGACAUUUUAGGUGAUUUAGGUUACUGUGCAUGGUUGGAGAUGAGGGCCAAUAAAAUUAUUAAACAAAAUGUCCCAAAUUGAGCCAGAGGCCCUUCUGUGAGCCUGAUGGAUGGUUCAGUGGGUUGCUGGUGCUCUGAAUGGACAUGGCUAUGUGUGCAUCCCUCUCAUUGAGAGGUGAGUUUUCUGUAAUUUUUGUUUGUCAUUGGAAUUGUUGCCUUCUCUUCCUACAGAUGGGAAUUCCACAGGAUAUAG